AUGGAUAAAUUUAGUCAAAAGGAAAAUAUUAACUUAUAUUUAAAUUUAGAUUAAAUAUAGUACUUUUAGUGGAAACUUUCAAAUGGAAAUGAGAAUCGUUCAAUUGUAAAAUGGAUCGGAUGGUGGAAUGGUAGAUUUACAAAUUUUGGAGGGAAUUGUGAUGUAUUUGGUUACAAAAUUGGAGAAUGGAUUGAACCAUGUGAUACCUAUUGUAGGUAAAUUUAUUUUAUUUAAAUGUAGUCAAUAUUAAAUAACGCUUUCUGGAACGUAUGGAUAAAAAGGUUAAAGAACUGGCUAAUGGAUCUAUUGGUAUGAAUAAGAGAGAAUGUAAUUCCCUUUGAAAUUUUUAGAGGUGGGGGUCAUUAUGAUGAUAAUGGAAGAAAAACUGGGGAAUGGUGCGAAAUUCAAAGAACCUAAGAUCAACAGUAAGUAAUUAAGAAUAAUUAAGUAAUAAAGUGAUCAUAAUUGGUGAGUAUAAUAAGGGUUUGAAAAAAGGAAAAUGGUCAUAUUUGGAGAACAAUCAUAUAAUGUAUAUAUUUUAAUUUAUAUCAUAAGUGGAGAGGGAUUUUAUAAUGAAAAUGGUCAAAAAAUAGGGAAAUGGACUGAAGUAUCCGAAAGUUUCUUAUCGUAAAAUUACAAUAAAUCUGAUUUAUUAAUUAGUUUUAUGUAAAUAAUGUUUGAUGGCGAAUACAGAAAUGGUUUAAGAAUUGGAAAAUGGUUAACAUUUUAUUUUACAAAAACUGUUAGUUAUUAAUACAUAAAAUAAAAUUAAAAUGUUAUGUAUAAUUUUUUUUAGACAUUUAUUAGAGGAGGUGGAUUUUAUAAUCAAUUUGGUUUAAAAGAAGGGUAUUGGGUUGAAUUUUUUGAGGGUGGAUAUAAAUAGUAUUUUUUUCACUUUAAUUCUAGUCGUGCUUCAUUUAGAAUUGCUGGUGAAUAUAAAAAUGGUUUAAAAAUUGGGUAUUGGGGGAUCAUAUAGUUUAAGGAUGACUAACAAAAUAUUGUGUAAAUAUUUAAAUUGAAAAUUUAAUUUAAAUAGAGGAGGAGGCCAUUAUGACGAGAAAGGAAAGAAAUUUGGCAAAUGGAUUGAAAUUACAGAAAACGGCAAUUUUAGUUUGAUAUCUUAAGUGGGAGUAUACAAAUAAGGAGUGAAAUUUGGAUAAUGGGAUACCUAUUUUCUAUAAAGAAAUAUAAAAAUGUUAAAAUAAAUAUUUAGCUUAGUGGGGGAGGCUAUUAUAAUGAAUAAGGUUUAAAAUCUGGAUAUUGGAUAGAAUAACAUGAUUAUAAUGAUGAAUAUAAAAUGUAAAUAUUAGAAGAUUUAACAUUAGAAUAACCCAUAGUGGAAAAUAUAAUGAGGGUAAAAAAAAUGGUUAUUGGAAUACUACAAAAAAUGAUGAUGAGUAGAUUGAGAAAAUGUAAGAUGAAAAUAUUAUAAACUUUUAAAGCCGAGGUGGAUUCUACAACAUUUAAGGAUAAAAAAUAGGAUAAUGGAUUGAUUUAAUAAAGGAAAAUAAUAAUGAACUAAGUUAUGUAACUAUGUAUAAUUAGUCUUAAUAUAUGGAUGUUAUAAAAAUGGCGAAAAGAAUGGCUAAUUUGACACAGUUAUUAAGUCAAAAAAUUCAACUAAAAUUCAGAAGAUGUAAUCAUCAAUAUAUAUAAAAAGUGGAGGUGGUUAUUAUAUUAAGGGUAAUAAAGUUGGAAAAUGGAUUGAAAUUAAUGAAACUUAUAGUUCUUUCAAUUGGAAUAGUUUAGAUUAAAUUCAUGUUGGAAGUUAUAGUGUAGGAACUAAUAUAGGAAUAUGGGAAACAUAAAGAAAUUAUUUAAAAGCUCAUUAAAUUGUGUAUUUUAUUUAUAGUAAACUUUAAGGGGUUUUGGAUAUUAUGAUAAUUUUGGGAUUAAAGAAGGAAAAUGGAUAGAACCUAGUAGAUUUUCUUAUCUGUAUUUUAAGUCAUAUAUAAAAAUAGCAUAAAAUUAGUUUAUAUUGGGUAAUAUAGUAAGGGUAUAAAAAUUGGAAGAUGGCAAUUCCAGUUUCAACAUUCUAAUGAGGAAAUUAUCAUAAUGUAAGAAAAUAGUUAAAACGUUUUAGGGACUCUGGGGAUUAUGAAGAUGGUAUUAAAAAUGGAAAAUGGAUUGAAAUCUCACCAAAUUUUGCUACUGGGCGAUAAAUUACGCAUCAAGUAUAUUACAAAAAUGGCACUAAAGUUGAUAUUUAGGAAGAGACGUUUGUGGGAAAAACUAGUUUAUUGGAUCUUUUAUUUGAUUGA